AUGGCAGUGCGCCUGGUUUCUCGAGAAGCUAUAAUGCUUGUUGAAAAGCCAAAUGAUUGUCGUACGGGUGAAUUCCUUUUUCUCGCCUCUAUGCCCUUCUGCCCCUCACCCUCAGUCAAUCUGCAAAAAAGCACCCCAUGGGAAAAUUGGCUUGCGAAAACAUUUCAGCUGUCAAUCGCGGCAAUGCAUUGA